GAUUUGCAAAGAUUGUUACUUUUAUGCAUUGUCUCAGCAUCUCGCAAAAACGAGAGGAUUUGCGAUGAUUCAAUCCGAAAAGACACAUCUACCCUCUGUAUUUCUCAAAAUUCCAACUGAAUAAAAAAGGCACAUCCAUUUUAACGUAAAUAAAAAAUCAGGUGUGGAGAUUAGGAGAGUAGGACCUCUGCAGAUCUAGGUAUGUUUCUCCCACACACAUUAGCCUUCUUUUUUGCAGGUGGAAGAGGUGUGGUUGUGCAGAGGGGAUGAUGAAGACGAAGGAGGAGGCCGAUGACGCCGGCGGAAGAAGAAGACGAAGCUUGAUGAUGAAGAUGCAGUGAAUGUGGUGCAGGUAUCCGGAUACACUGUUGCUGUAUCCGGAUACAGCCAUGGGAGGUUCCGGUAGCAGUCACCGGUUGGGGAGAGCUUCGUUGGUUGGGAAGUACCUUGAGGUUUUGGCCAAGGAGAAGACAUCCGAUGCAAUUGCUAAGCUCAUGAACUUGACACCUGACACUGCUAUAUUAUUGACGUUGGAUAGUGAAGGAAAUGUUGUUGGUGAGGAGGAAAUUGAUAGCAGGUUGAUUCAGAAGAAUGAUGUUAUUAAGAUCAUUCCCGGUGCAAAAGUGGCUUCCGAUGGAUUGGUCAUUUGGGGUCAGAGCCACGUGAAUGAGAGCAUGAUAACAGGUGAGGCACGUCNUGUGGCAAAGAGGAAAGGGGAUACUGUUAUUGGAGGAACUGUGAAUGAAAAUGGAGUGGCAUGCACGAGACAAUUAUAAAAAUUAAUUUCACUUAUUAUAAAUUAAUUUCCUUUCUUUAU